AUGAUUAAAAAUACAGUGACAGGGGCUCAUAGGCCACUAUCAGGUCAGUUAUACAAAUACACUAAUGUUGUAAAAGGCUGGCAGCAGCGCUGGUUUGCAGUAGAUCCCGAAACAGGAGUUUUAUCAUAUUAUCUUUUCGAUGGGCCCGGAGAUACUAUUCAGCCAGGACAACCAGCCAGAGGCGAGGCUCAUUUAGCUGCUGCUGUGAUAUGUCCAAGUGAUGAAGACUCCCGUACCUUCACUAUCAACUGUGCUUCCGGAGAUAUGCUCAAGCUGAGGGCCACUGAUGCUAGAGCUAGGCAGGAAUGGGUCAAUGGGCUGAGGGCUAUAGCUGAAAUACACACUAAGGCUAUGGGCGCUAAUCCUCCCCUGCAGCCCAGAGAGCAGCUGGCUGUGCAUGAUGCCAUGGCUUCAGCUAGGAACCAGUUACAGGCAACAGAACUCAGUGAUGCAGCUCUGGCAAGGUGCAUAGAAUCAGCCGACUCACCAUUCCCACACACAGAUCCUGACUUAUUACUGUUAAAAGCUACCUCUGCCGCCAGCAUGCAGUGCUUGCUCCAAUGUCUUGGCAUUCUCCAUCGACAGCAACAGUACACCACAGUGAGUGUCUCCAGCAAACACUCCGAUGACCACCACUAG